AUGGAAGGGUUCAAGUUGACCAAGUGGAUGUACAACAGUCGUCAUGCAAUCGAUUGCAUCCCAGUUGAUGAGCAGGCGCCGAGUCUCCGUGACUUGCAGGGGAUUUCGUUAUCAACAGACAAAGCACUUGGUGUGCAAUGGGAUUCGGAAAAAGAUGAGUUUUUGUAUAAACUCCAGUUAUCUGAGAAGGUGGCGACUCGCAGAAAAAUUCUGUCUUUGUUGGCCCAGCCCUUACGAUCCAGUGGGGUUCGUCGCACCGUGGCUACUGUCGGGAAAGAUUCUGCUGUAGGAUCUGUGGAAAAAAAAUACUUGGCAUGA